CUCGUUUACGCACGUGACGUCCUAUUUUGUGAACAGGAAGUCGUGUAGCCACUGCAAGAUGGCUGGAUUGAUCAAAAAGACUACAGGCUUGGUAGGCCUGGCGUUAUCCCAGAAUCCUCAUGAGCGGUUGAGGAUUCUCUACAGCAAGACCCUGGGUGCUCUUCAAGCCAUACCUCAGGAUGCCGCUUACAGGAAGUACACAGAGCAAAUUGUCAACGUGAGGUUGGACGCAGUGAAAACGGAGACUGAUGUUGGGAAACUGGAGCAGAGGAUCAAUGGUGGCCAGAUAGAGGAAGUUAUUGCUCAGGCCGAACAUGAACUGUCUUUGGCUAGGAAGAUGGCAGAAUGGAAGCCAUGGGAACCACUCAUUGAAGAACCACCUGCAAAUCAGUGGAAAUGGCCAAUCUAAAUAUCCUCGACUCAAGAACAACACUGUUUUCAAAUCUUCUGGUUAAUCCUUACUUUGAUGUCGUUAUUUAUGUUCCAAGUCACCCAAUAAACCUAUGUAAAUAUAUGUAAA